AUGUCCUCGUCCGGCUCAGACAUGUUCGACCGGUCUGGUGCAAGCGUUGCGUCGUCUCGGACGAGCCUGGACUCGCGUGAGAUGGACGAGAAGAUGGACGACAAGCCGGCGUCGGGCGCCGGCUCGUCGCUUUGGUCGAACAUCACCACUGUCGCAAGCGGGUUGAGCAACUGGUACAAGAACUCGCCCGCCGUAAGCGGUGAAGGCAACGGCGAAUCCCACCUCACGCGUGUGAUGAAGGCCUACUACAUCGACAAAGCGCGCGGCCCCGCGGAUCUCCCCGAAUGGCUCUUCGACGAACGCGAACGCGGCCUUCGCAGCCGCGAUGAAGAAACACCCCGAUCAUCCCGCGACGAACCUCGUUCGACCGGCCGCGGCCGCGACGAGCGCGAGCUCGAGCUCGAGCCUGUCGCCGUGCCCCCGCCGCGUCCUCGCCGUGGCCUGACCCUUGCGGACCGCCAGCAGCAGGAGCGCGAGCAGGCGCAGGCGCAGGCACAGUCCCGCGGCGCCCGCAGGCCCGCGCGAAGCCGGUACGACGACGACGACGAGCCCGCACAACCGGUGACGAAGGCGGCGUCUCGCCUGCGCGAGCUCCGCGACGCGAAGCGCGCCGCAACGGCGCGCGUCGAGGAGCCCGUGCACUACGACGAGCCCGAGCCGAUGCGCUACGAGCCCGAGCCGCGGCGGCGGAUGGCUCCCGGCUCGCGCGGGCCGGGUACGGCCGCGCCGCUGGGCGUUGUUGGGAUGCGCGGGCGGCCGGGAGUGGGGCUGCCAUCGGGCGUGCGGGCGCGGGCGUGA